GGGCCCUUGGACACCGAUCCGCACCGCGACCCAGAAAGAUUGAAAAGGCUCGAUCAGGGCCAGUCUUGAUGCGCGCUAGUCUGUCCAGUAGUGUGGAGUGGAUUGGCUGUCACCCUGUUAGGACACCCUCGAACUCCCCGGGCUGCGACGGUUCUUGCGGCGCUGGCACGCAGACCACCCAUCGCGAUUCCCGAUUGAAUCUCGUGGGUGUGUAACCUCGUCCUGCUUUCCUCGCGGAUGCCCCCAAAGACCAAUAACAUCGGCCGCCCAGCUUUAGUUGGCCCCCUGCCUCUUCACCUGCCUCCUCGCCUACCCUGUCCCAAUUGACGGCUGGAGCACGCCUUGCUAGUCGGACUCCCGCCCUAGCCUCCUCCACUAGCUUCUUUACUAUCGGCCAUCUGUCCAAAUAAAAAAACCUAAAUAACCGGCACGGGAACACGCCAGCAGACCUCGCUCGGUCUCGCCAGAGAGCCCGGACACACCACUUCCCCUCUUUUUUUUUUUUUCUCCGCUAGCCGCGAUGGAUCCCUUCGCUUCCAUGUCCAGCCAUAGCAGUGCCUCCCCGGUCUCUGUCUCUGAAACCCAGGGCCUGGGGGCGACGCCGAGUUCCCGGCCAGACGGCGAUGCAGCUCCCACCGCCGCGGCCGCCGACACUGCAUCGGCCCAAUCCAGCCAGCCGACUGUCCCGGCCGCCUGCCUUGCAUGUCGCGGGAAACACCUAAAGUGCGACGGCACCACGCCGUGCUCGCGAUGCCGGAGCUCCAACUCGGAGUGCGUGUAUAUCGCGUCGCGGCGUGGCUAUAAGGGCCCUCGCCGCAGCACCGCCGUUCCCCACAACCCUAACAAGCGCUUCGCCUCCUCGUCGCCCCCCGCCUCGGGCUCCAGCGCCGGCACAAUGCCUGAGGAGAGCUGCCCCAUGCUGCUGGGCGCGAGCCCCAUGCCGAGCUCCAUCCCCGGGUCCAUCCCCGGGUCCAUCCCAGGGUCCGAGUUCGCCACGACCCAGCCGCUGGCUGCCUUCGCGGCUCCGCCUCCCGUGUCCCAUAUGCAGCUGUACCGCACUCCCUACACCGGCCCUGGCGCCGGGCUCCCCAUUGGGAGCACCAACAUUGCCCUUGCGGCCGCCAACGCUGCGGCUGGUGCUGCUGGCGUUUGCGCUCCGCCCAUGCAGUCGCAUGCUGACCGCUGUUUCGACUCCUUCUUUUACAACUUCCACGCCGCCCACCCUUUCGUGCUCCCAAAGGAGUUCCUGAUGCGUGCAAUCAAGGAGGGCUAUGCCAAGCUUGACCAUCUGGUGGCGGCCAUCAGGUACAUCGGCUCGCUGUACCUGGAUUCCGGACCGGCCAGAGCCGCGUAUCUAGACGAGGCCCUCCGUCUGGCCUACCUCCCGACCUGUCCCAGGGACGGAUUCCUGGUGCAGGCGCUGCUUCUGGUGCUGAUCGGGCUGGACGGCAGCUGCCAGCAGCAACGGGCAAACCAGCUGCUGGCCGACUGUGAACGGAUCGCUGUCGAGAUAUCGUUGAACACGCGGCCUUAUGCCACGGCCAACGGGCGUGGCAACUCGGUUCUGGAGGAGAGCUGGCGCCGCACCUGGUGGGAGCUGUACGUUGUUGAUGGCAUGAUCGCCGGCGUCCACAGAGCCACCAAUUUUCUCCUUUUCGACGUCAACUCUGACGUAGGCCUUCCUUGCGAGGAGCACCAAUUCCUUUCUGGGAACGUCCCGGUUCCAAUGUACAUGGAGGACUUUGACGACCAGCUGUUCUCGGGAGAGGAUCGGGAGUUCUCGUCGUUUGCGUACCGCAUCGCGGCCGCGCGGAAUCUCGGCAGGUUCAUGAGGUGUCCGCCCAUGGUCUUUCCCGAGGACGACAACAUCUCCAAGAUGGAGUCGUUGCUCACGAACUGGAGGAUGUACCUCCCCCAGAGCAAGAAAGAUGCCCUCAACAAGCAUUGCCAGCUUGACGAGAUGAUGUUUCAGGCGCUGUUCAUCAACCAGGCAUGCACGAUAAUGCUCCACCAGCCGCACUCGCAGCUGGACUCGUCGCCGGCGCGGAGCGUAACUUCGUGCGCGCCGCACCAGCCGGUGCCGAGCGGCGAUGCGUUCAAUACGCACACGCGGCACACGAUCGCGGCGGCAUGCGAGAUCAGCCGGAUGGUGACGCACGCGGUGCCGCUGCUGUCGCACACGCACUUCUUCACAUGCGUGCUGACGCUGUCUUCCAUCGUGCACCUCAACAAGUGGGCGCUCUACUUCAUCCAGGACGAGGACGACCUUCGCCAGCAGAUCCGGCUGAACAUCGGGGCGCUGCAGCGCAUCAGCACCGUCUGGCGGAACGCGCAGACGGCCGGCGGGCAGGUCAAGAGCGUCGCCCAGGAGAUCUACCGGGCCAAGAAGGCACAGCAGAUCAGCCCGGCCUUCUGGGUUGCCUUUACCCAGGAGCAGAUGAUCAGCAGCCUCAACGCCGACGACGGCAUCAUGAACGACUUUGAGACCAUCCUGCCGGUGGCUCAGGUCAGCCAGCCGCCUUGAGUCGAUCGUGAACGGGCGGGGGGGCCUCGGCGUGCGUUCGUUUUGUGUCGAUGACCUUUUUCUUUCCUCUCGUUUCCCUUCGUCCGACGAGUAUAGGGUACAAGAAAGCAACGAGACAAGAACACACAAGACAGUCAAAGAAAGCCAGUCAGCUGGCAGAAAGGCAACAAGGGGAUGGGAGUGAUGAAGGUAAUGGGAACAUAGACAUGCCAGCUGGGAAACAUAGAGUCAGCCGCGGUGGGUGGGAACCCGGCAGGUCAGAGAAACUUGUAAAUGUAAUACCGGGCCUCUGCGUGCUCGGAAGUGAUAGCGAGCAGCUCAAUCUUUCUAUCCACCAUGGACCUCGGGCUGCAGGGGCUUGUUUGGAUUUUACCCUAUCAGCCUUUCGCAUCGGUUGUUGGAUAAUCCAUGUCGUGCCAGGCGAGAGACAACCAAGACACUCAAGCCAGACCGGUGGGAAAAGCAGGAAGGGUGCGGACUACAAGGGGGCACACGCCACCACACAUAUUGAUGUCUCUUUUGGCAGUUUGGUGCCCGCAAGACACGACCUCGACCACAAAUACCGGGCAGACAUG